GCCAUCCUCUCUCCAUGAUGACCCGCCCAUCCGCCGCCGCUGUCUGAGCCUGGUCAGGUGUUCGCUGUUCACAGACGUAAACUUUGCAUUUGGAUAACUGAUUCGGUUUUAUUUUGGUCGGGACAAACGCGGUCGAGGCCAUGCUCAGACGGAUACUUCAAAUGACCCCUGGGAAGGGAGGGUCCCAGAAUGCGGAGUCAGAGCAGCCCGCCACCGACCUCAACCACGAUCAGACCUCUGAGGGCUUCAUCUGUCCUCAAUGCAUGAAAUCUCACAACUCGGCGGAGGAGCUGUUCAAGCACUAUGAGCUGUUCCACGACACCGGAGACCUCCCUGCUCACGUGGCCCCGACUCGAGAAGACCUCACAAUGCUGCGGCAAGAGGUUCAGGACCUGCACGCUUCUCUCAAGGAGGAAAGAUGGUUCUCUGGAGAGCUGAAGAAGGAAUUAGACAAAGUGCAAGGACAGCUGAAGCAAAACGAUGGGCCGGUGGUCCCAGAGGAUUCAGCCCUUGAGAAGAAGUUGAAUGAAGCAGAGACGGAAAAGUUCAACAUAAAACAAAUGAAAGACCUGUUUGAGCAGAAGGCUGCCCAGCUGGCCACAGAGAUAGUAGACCUGAAGUCGCGCUACGACGAGGAGAAGAGCCUCCGAGAGGCCGCGGAUCAGAGGCUCGCCAAAUUGUCCGAACAACUGCAGAAAGAGAAGCAGGAGAACGAGAGGCUGCAAACAGAGCUGCUGCAGCGGCCGGGAGUGGAGGAUGUGGAGGUUCUGCAGAAGGAGCUGGUGCAGGUUCAGACCCUGAUGGACAGCAUGACCCGCGAGAGGGAGGAGGAGUCCGAACGCCUCAAAAACCACUACGAACAGCUGCAGGCUAAUUACACUACCUCAGAGAUUCGUAAGCUGGAGAUGACCAUAUCCCAACUUAGAGCGGAGCUGGAGAAGGGCCCUCAGGAGGCAGCCGUCUACACGCAGCAGAUCCACGAGCUCCAGAGUAAUCUGAAUAAUUUGCAGCAGCAAAGUCAGAGCCUAUCCGAAAAGCUUGCACGUAAGGAGAAGGAGUAUCAAGAACUGGAGGAGCACGUGGGAGCGGAGAAAGUUGCCAAGAAGGGAUUUCAAGACAGCCUGAGGGAGAGGGAGUCGGAGGUGCAGGAGCUCCAGGCCCGGGCGGCGGGGGCCGAGGCCUCGCUGCAGAAGGCCCAGGCGGAGCUCACGGAGAGGGCUGAGGAGGUGGGAAAGCUGAAGAACGAGGUUGCAGAGCUGGAGGUGAAACACGCGGAGCUGAAGGUGGAGAGGAAACAGCUGGAGCAGCAGAGGGAAGAAAAGGAAAGCCAAGGUGCUCAGCAGCAGUCUGAGAUCAGUCAGCUGCACACCAAACUGUUGGAGGCAGAGAGGCAGCUGGGUGAGGUCCAAGGUCGUCUGAAAGAACAGAGACAGCUGUCUGGGGAGAAGCUGAAGGACCGCGAGCAGCAAGCGGCCGACCUGCAGCUCAAACUCUCACGUGCAGAAGAGCAGUUGAAGGAAAGUGCCGGUAAGAACACAGACCUGCAGCACCAGCUGGAGAAAGCCAAGCAGCAGCACCAGGAGCUGCAGGCGCUGCAGCAAAACACCAACGGCAAACUCCGCGAGGCUCAGAAUGACCUGGAGCAGGUGUUGCGUCAGAUUGGGGACAAGGACCAGAAGAUCCAGAACUUGGAAGCUCUGCUGCAGAAGAGUAAAGACAUCGUGAGCCAGCUGGAAGCGGAGCGGGAGGACCUGUGUGCCAAGAUCCAGGCUGGGGAGGGAGAGACGGCCGUCCUCAACCAGCUAAAAGAGAAGAACCACGCACUACAAGAGCAGGUGACACAGUUGACGGACAAGCUGAAGAACCAGUCGGAGAGCAACAAGCAAGCCCAGGAUAACCUGCACAAGCAGGUCCAGGAGCAGAAGACUCUGCUGCGUUCAGCUCAGGACCGAGCUCACACCCUGGAGACCUCGGUCUCCGAACUCACCGCCCAGCUCACAGACAGCAAGGACAAAGUGGCCCAGCUGGAUGCUCAGCUGAAGGCAAAGACCGAGUUGUUACUGUCUGCCGAGGCGGCGAAGGCUGCACAGAAGGCCAACCUGGAGAACAACCUGGAGACGGCUCAACAUGCGCUGCAGGACAAACAGCAGGAGCUAAAUAAAGUUCAGAAGAAGCUGGAGGAGAAGGCCCAGAGGCUCAAAGAGAGACAGGAGCAGUGCACUCAGCUGGAAAGUAGUCUGAAGGAAUGCAAAGACAAGCUACUGGCCUCAGAACAGCGUACAGAGCAGCUGGAGGGGCUCACUAAGAAACUGGAGUCGCAGGUAGGGGAGGCGCAGGCCACGCGGGAUCAGGUGCAGCAGGAAGUGCAAAAGCUUCAGAAGGAGAAUUCAGAGGCGAAACAGAAAGUGAAGGAGCUGCAGCGGUCACUGGAAGCGGAAAAAGCAGGUGGUGCAACUCUGCAGGAGGAAUUAAAGAAAAGGGCAGCCUCUUUGGGUGACGUUCAGCAGCAACUGCAGCGCGGAGAGCAGGAGAUCGCUGCUCUGAAGCUGAAUCUGGACAAGGUGACCCAGGAGGGAAAAGCUCAGCAUGCGGAGCUGGACAAGAAAGCUCAGAGUCUGGCAGCAGACCUUGAAAAGGCACGACAGGAGAAAGAUGCGCAGAAGAAAGAGCUGACUUCUACUCAGGAGAGCUUAGGAAAGGCUAAUAAGGCACUGAAAGAGAGUCGGAGUCAACUGGACACGGAGAGGAAGAACCAUAAAACCGCCAUGGAGGAGAAGGAAAAGGUCAACGAAAAGACGAGACAGGAGCUUCUCAAAAAUAACGAGGCGACCUCCAAGGCGAUGAAAGAAUCUCAAGAGCAGCUGGAGCAGAUGAGAGAGGCGGAGAAAAAGCUGAAAGUGCAGCUGACCUCAUUAGAGCAGCAGCACUCAAAGACUCAGGGGGCGCUGAAGGAAAAGGAGAACGAGUUGGAGAAGCUGCGGGCGCAAUUAAAGACGACCCAGGGGUCCUUAGAAGAGGAGAUUAAAAAACUGAAAGGCCGAAUGUCAGAGCUACAGGAAGCUGGUGUCAAGAAAGCAGAAGAGGAGAGUAAUCUGAGGGCACAGGUGUCAGGGUUCAGCCAAGAGCUCGCAUCUGAGAAGAGCCGGACGGCGGAGCUUCAGAAGGCCUUGGAGCAAAGCCAGGCAAACCUCACCAAGCUUCAGUCUGACUUCUACGGCAAAGAGUCUGAGGUUUCUGCCCUGCGUCAAGACCUGAAGACGUCAGAGGAGAAACUGAGCGUGUCCCAGGAGGAGCUGGCUGCCAACCGCACCCACCAGACGGGUUUGGAGGCCCAGAUCCAGGAGCUGAAAACGGGUCGGGGAUCUCUGGAGCAAGAACUUGCCAAACGAGAGCAGAAACUCCAACAGCAGGAACAAACCCUGAAGGAGCUGCAGAAGCAGCAGGGUCAAGUUAAGGAGGAGCUGGAGAAGGAGAGGAGCAGUGUGGAGGAGCUCAACAAAGCCAAGAGUGUCCUGGAGAAGAAAAACACCAAACUCAUGACUGACUUAAAAACACUAACGGAGAAGAGUGAGAAGGAGCUCGGUGAGUUGCGGGAAGCCAAACAGCUGCUGAUCCAGCAGAAACUGGAGAUGCAGGGUCAGGUGGAGGCGGCUCAGAGCGCCCUCAAGCAGGAGCGGGACGAGCACCAGGCCACCAAGGACAGCAGGAAACAGAGAGAGGAGCAGCUGCACGCUCAAACCAAGAACGUCCAGGAUCAGCUGGCGGCUGAGAAGCGGGCCAGGGAGGAGCAGGUGAAGCGUGGGGAGGAGGCGGAAGCGAAGCUGGGUGUCCAGGUGACGGCUCUGAACGAAAACGUGGCCACGUUGAAGAGGGAGUGGCAGGGAAGCCAGAGGAGAGUGAGCGAACUGGAGAAACAGACGGAUGAGCUGAGAGGGGAGAUCGCCGUGCUGGAGGCCACCGUGCAGAACAACCAGGACGAGCGACGGGCUCUUCUGGAAAGGUGCGUAAAGGGUGAAGGGGAGAUAGAGAAGCUUCAGGCCAAAGUGGUGGAGCUCAGGAGGAAGCUGGACGACACGACGGCCGCCAUGCAGGAGCUCGGCCGAGAGAACCAGUCGCUUCAGAUCAAACAGUCGCAGAGUCUGACCAGGAAGUGGGCCGAGGAUCACGAAGUACAGAACUGCAUGGCCUGUGGGAAGGGCUUCACCGUCACUGUCAGGAAGCACCACUGCAGACACUGUGGGAACAUUUUCUGCGCCGAGUGCUCGUCGAGGAACGCCCUCACGCCGUCCUCCAAGAAGCCGGUGCGAGUGUGCGAGACGUGCUUCGAGGAGCUCCAGGGCUGACUUCCCGCUCGCCCCCUUGCCCCCCGCCCCCCCAACCUUCCCUCCAACACCUCGCCCUCUCCCUCCUCCCCCUUACCGUUCCGAUGAGAAGGCAUGUCUUUGUCAUUUUUAAUGUGCACUAUAAAGGACAGUUCCAGUGCAAAGACUCCCGCCUGCGCGCGACCUCUGGCUCCGUGACGUGGAGGGGGGGGGGGAUGACGGAUUCACGUGCUCCGACGGGGCCGGUCGGGAUUGUCUGUAUCUGUUUUUGUGCCUUUGCUACUCCUGUGGACUGCCAGAGAGCGGAAGACAGUGAUAACUAAACACCACCCAUCUCUUUACGUUCGUGUUCUCCAUCGUUAGUUGGCUGCUUUGUGUGUCGUGAAGCGCUUGGCGUCGGGGGAGGGAG